GUCGCCCCCAAACUGAGGGGAUUCAAGAUGUAUCGUGUCUCGUCUUUCGUCCGCAAGAGCGAUGGAUCCGCUAUCAAUCGCAGCGAGCGCCGCGGGACUCGCUUCCGGCUGUGCAGGCAUCAUCGGUAUUCUGUACACCUGGAUCGAUGACACCAUCGACGUCGACGAGAAUGUCUCUGGCUUGGUCGAAGAGGUCACGGCGCUCUCACGUGUGCUGGAGUCUGUCAGCAAUGCCUCUACCAAGGCGCGGAAAGUCGUUGUUGCCGAGAUCGACCCGGACGGAAACCUGUGGAUCAGCGUGAGGGAUACGUUGGGAGAUAUCAGCAGCACUCUUGAGAAGCUCAAGGUGCUACUCGCUGACGUCCAGAAGAGCAGCACCAGCGUCUUCAGUCGUGGGUUCCUCAGGAAGCCAACCAAGCAGAUCAAAUUCAGUCUGCGAUUAAAGGAUAUCAACAAUUUCAAGGAGCGUAUCAAGUCUUAUAACACCGCCAUGACCAGUGCCCUUCAGAUGAUCAACGUCUGCCUCUUAAUCCAAAACAACUCAUCUCAAGAGUACGUCGUCCAGGUUCUCUCCGGCCUGAAAUCCCAAGUCAGGCGAGUCGAAUUUGCCCUGCAAGCCGGAAAUCCUCUUGGCGCUGGCCCAGUUGAGGCGAGGGAAGAAAACGAUCGCAUCUCGCGAAACAUGCGAAAACUCGUCCGCGUAGCCGAAGAUUUCCAUUCUAGUGCAAGCACCAUCGUCAUGGACGGACCCCGGUCGACAGUGUACGGCGGCAGCAUUAUGGGAGACCCCUUGACAGACGAGCAAGUCUCAGGCAUCCACAACUGGAUACCUCCGCCUAUUGAGGAGGAACCCGUUCCUGGGGAUCAUCCACAAAGUGACGGAACCUCAACCACAGCCGUUGAAGUAGGCCGCCUCUCGGAUUCCGAUGACGACAUCGACAAGGAGCUUGCCAAGAGGCUCGAAGAGCUCGCCAUGACAAACCAAAAGGCCGGAGAGUAUCAAAAGGCCGAGAACUUUUACCGCAGAGCGAUUGAUAGUGGAGAAACCAGCCACAGAUCUUCCCAAGACCUUGCAAUGAUGAAGACGAAUCUAGCAUACGUCUGCGUGCGUCAAGAAAAGUGGUCCGAGGCCAAGGAAAUUGUUGAUCCGUUGGCAUUUGAGAAGAAAGUGCACGAUGUACUGGUGUACCAUAGCAUACAUGCUCUGGCCAUGGUGUCGGCCAAGAAUUCGGAACUUGACGCUGCUUAUCGGUACGGCAUGCGGGCGCUCUGGGGAAAGCGAAAAGUCAUGGGCAAGUCACAUCCGUCAUGUUGGGAUACGUCGGCUCUGCUUUCAAGAAUAUGCUUCGCAAGGGGCGAUGUUGUCGACGCGGAAGUCCAUAAGAGUUUCAUCCCAUCUUCGUCUUUCCAAGAAGGACAUCAGAGGAAUUCCAUCUACUCUCCGUCUCGAGAACUUUCGGAUCUCGAUGCUCUGGCGUACCUGGACCGCGCCGUGUUGACAGAACAAGCUGUCUCACCACCAGUUGAUGCCAGCGAUGCCGGAUCGUCAUUUACAACUGGAACUCCAGACCUAGGGCAGAUGCAGCGGCCUGGAUCAUCGAAUCGACUUGUGCCUCCCACCUCAGCUGCAGCAAUGAUGCGACGCUUGGCGGCUCCCCAACUUAGACCGACCGAAGCGGGAUCUGGCCAAACUUUGCCAGCACAACAGACUCCGCCAGUGAUAACACCAGUUCCACCACGUCCAACUCCUCCUUCAAACAUCCUCACUAGGAUUUUGGGCAAGCAACAAGCUACUCAGAGUUUAGCACAGAAUCCGCCCCAGCAACUGCCUCACUAUCCAGGGUUAGCUGGUAGGAUCAACGACGAUCAACAGCCUACUCAAAAUUCACAACAGAACUUCCCUCAACAUUCAAAUUUUCCCGGUAGAGUUGUGCACGAACAGCAACAUAUCCAGAAUUCACCACAGUAUCCCUCUCUGCCUCAGAGUUGGGCUCAGCAGACAUCUCCCCAGAACACACCCCAAUAUCUUCCAGCGACGAGUCCCGCCAAACAUCUGGCUCGAACCACACCUCAAUACCCUCCAGCGACGAAUCUAGCCCCUACCCAGUCUGAGAACGUCCAGCAGUAUGUAUCUCCAAGACAGAGUUGGGUUAACAAUCCUCCUCUACAGCAGCAACCCGAAUAUUUAUCCUACACCAACUACACUGCACCACCGCAACAAUCGCCAGUUCCAUCCCCAAGGUUUCAAAAUAUUCCAGAAACUCCUUCUAAGGCGCGCCUUGUUAUUGGUGUUAGAUUUGGGACGGUACAUUCCGCUGUCGCCUUCGCCUUUGUUAACGGUAUGGAUGCUAGGGAAGAUGUUAUUACUGAGUGGCCCGGCGCUGGGAUGAGGACUGAACCCACGGUUCCGUCCGUACUAUAUUACGACCCAUACGAAAAGGUGGUUGGUUGGGGCCAUGAUAUCGCAGACGCGCUGGCCCCUACCGGUUAUCCGAAACCAGGAAUACAAAAGGUCGAGUGGUUCAAAUUAUACCUGAUGCUGGGGGGAAAUCAACAUGUGAAUGCCAAAGAAUUUCCUCCUCUUCCUAUCGGCAAAGACGCUAGAGAUAUUUCAGCAGACUAUCUCUUUCAUCUCCGUCAAGCUAUUCGGCUAGACUUACAGAAACAACUGGGUGACGUCUUCAACCGCGAGGAAAGAAACAUCCAUUGGAGCUUUACAAUACCCGCAGCUUGCAACGAGAGUGGGAAAACCGCCCUCCGAACCGCAAUUGAACGAGCUGGCUAUCUCAGAGAUGAGCAUGACCCACGCCUUUCAUUCGUCACGCAGUCUGAGGCUGCGAUCCUGUUCACUUCCAGAACGGGACUCAUAAAUGUUAAGAAACACGAUGCAAUUCUUGUAAUUGACUGCGGCAAGGGGACGGUGGAUAUGAUGGCCCACGAGGUGGAGGACGCGGAUCCCUUGAGAGUGUCAGACCUUACUGCUUCAUCUGGGGACAGCUGUGGGUCGACUGCUUUAAAUCGAAACUUCGGCGAUCUUGUGCGGAGGAAACUCAAAACGAUGCGGCUACCCGAGGGAUCAAAAACAGUCGGUCGUGUGUAUGCCAAAGCAAUUAUGGACUUUGACAAACGGAUCAAGGAUGAGUUCCGCAAUAACGGUCAAGAGUGGGCCGUCGAUGUCGGCAUCGAAUCUGUGUGGCCGGAAGCAGGUAUUGACGAAGGAUAUAUGGUUUUCACAAAUGACGAGAUUCAAAAAUGUUUUGAGCCCGUCAUCGGGCGUAUCCUGGAGUUGAUGAAGAAUCAGGUCCUCGCGGUGCAAAGUCAAUACAAGACCCUGGGGGCCGUUCUCCUCAUUGGCGAAUUUGGGAUGUCCGAGUAUCUAUUUCAACAAGUUAAGAUGCAGGUACUCCCUAGGUUCCAAGUCGAUGUCUUUCGGCCGAUGGACGCCAGGUGGGUUGUUGUUAAAGGGGCCAUCAUAGCGGGCAUGCACCGCCUUACUAGUGGAAGAUGAGCGAGACCGUAAUUAUUGGAAACUAGUAGUGAGGAAUAUAUGACUCUUCCUUA